CUCAAGGAGGUGCCUACUUCUCUCAUUUCAGAAACAAGAAUAGAAACUAUUCAAUCACCUAGCAGAGACCUUGACCGGUUUAACCGCUCACACGUCUUUCAAGCUGGCACUUCAAACCCUUUGAAGAAGAAAUGGAAGAAAACCAACCAUCUGUAAAAUGGUUCACUGAAACACAAUCAGAAUGGUUUUUACAGAAUGGCAUUCCUGAAUGGUUUCAUGGUGUCAUCACAAGAAAGGACGCAGAAGAUUUACUGAAGGACAAGACAGCAGGAUGUUUUCUAAUCAGAGUUAGUGAAAGCAGAAUUGGGUACAGCUUGUCCUACAGGACCCCGGACCGCUACAGACAUUUCAUGAUUGAUGUUUUGAAAGAUCAUCAAUGCAUCCUUUCUGGAGACACAAGAACCCACAAUACAUUAGAGGACCUAGUAAGCUUUUACAAGCAGCAUCCUCUGUACCCUUAUAAUGAACUUUUAACACAACCAUGUGGACAGAAAACAUCAUCUGGUAAUGAUUAUGAAGAAUUAUUUAAAAACGGAUCAACACUGCCAACACCAUUUCACAGUCCAAAGCAACCUUUUAUAGGCAUCGCCAUGCCUCCCCCACAGUCUGUGGAUACACACAUCCCGCCUUUGCCACCAAGGAGAUUGCAGUCUUCCAUGUCCUGCAAUUCUCAAAUAACGACACCACCAUGCAAUCCUGCCACAGUAAACAGACUAUACCCAUUACUUCCCACAGAAAUGCAGAUGCCAAGCAACAAUGUCCCAGUGGUUCCAAAUGAGCAGAGACAUAUAAUAAAAUCUCAAAGCUUAGAUUUACCAUGCCCAAAUGCAGCUCACAACUCAAACUGGCCCAAUAAGAAUGAGGAGAAACUGGGUAAUUCAUCAAAGAAACCCUUGAAAGCUUGUAAAACUGCAAUGGAUAAAGCAGUGUAUUUCAUUAAAGACGGAGAACUAGCUCAGGAUUUUAAGAAAAUGGAAAAUACUAUGGUAACACACAUGAAAAAUGUCAUGGACAGUUUUGGACGCUUUGGACAAACAGGACAGAAGAGCCCACCUCCGACACCACACCAGAGAUACCAUCAACCAAGAGUCCCAGAAGAAUAUACAGCACCUCCACCUUUUGCACCAGGAUUUUCCUAAACAAGAAAGUGGACAGAAAAACCUACUAUGCACAUUAAUAUAAUAUAAAUGUGGGUAUCAUGCAUUUUCUAAUACGUAAGGGCUCAUGCGCAACCCUGAAGAACCUUGCAUUUGCACCCUGUACUUCAGCACUAGAUGUCACUGUGUGUCCAUAUCUCAGAGUUGUAGGCAGUUUGUGUAUCAUUGUGUAUAUAGCCUCCAUGAGACAGCGUACUGUCAUCUAGAAACAAUGAUUACCUCUGUAAUAAUGCAUGCAUUGAAACGUGGCACAAUUUUCUGUCUUGUGGAUUCCUUUGUGAGGGAAAAAUAAAUAAAAACCCUUCGCUGCCACAUAAAAUCAGAAGCAAUUGGCCAUAACAUUUGUGCCCCUAGCAGACUAUGGGUACUGCAUAAACUUGUCCAUAAAAGGCUAUAAGGGUAUGUUCACAUGUGACAUAUUUUAGUUUGGAAAUUCUGCAACAAAUCCACAGCAAAAUGCCCAUGGAGAUUUUGACACAGAUUUGACUGUAGAUUUGCAGCAGAUUUCACCUUAUGCAUUUCAAAGCAUGACAUUUUCUGUGGAAAUCCGUGGCAUAAACUGACAUGCUUCAGAUUUAAAAUACAUACCACAAACCAGGUUAUUUGUGGAUUCAGUUGCAGAGAUUUUUCCUGCAGGUGUGGAUGAGCAUUUUUAAAAUCACCUCUGGUUGCUGCUACUGUGAAUGCUGCAGAUCAUCUACCUGUAAUUCCAUUGUGGCUGUACCGUAACACAGUGAUAAAACCCUGCAACCUCUGCUAUAAGACGUAAGGAUAGCCCACACAAACCUACAAAAGCAGUGCUUCAUUAUGGAACCUCUUAUUAGAAUAACAUUGGGAACUUGCUGAAUACGCCAUGAAAAAACACAACUAAAUGACUAUAGUUUACUGGAAGCUGGCUGUGUAAGGAUAGUUCAAUUACACUGAGCAAACAUAUAAACGCAUCACUUUCGGUUUUGCUCCCAUUUUGCAUGAGCUGAGCUAAAAUAUCUUAAACAUUUUCUACAUACACAAAAGACCCAUUACUCUCAAAUAUUGUUCACAAUUCUGUCUAAAUCUGUGUUAGUGAGCACUUCUCCUUUGCCGAGAUAAUCCAUCCCACCUCACAGGUGUGGUAUAUCAAGGUGCUGAUUAGACAGCAUGAAUACUUCAGGGUCUAUGGCCAGUCUGCCCCAUUUCUGAAUUAGUUUUCAGUCCCCUGCUGCUCAGGGUAACUAGGCUGCCAUUAUGUUUUGUCUAUAGUGACAGGACCACAUGAGUCAAUAUGGACUACUCAUCCUGCCAGAGGGACAUCAGUACCCAGAGGCAGAGAUUCCGACGGUACUCAUAUUGUAUGUUUUUUCUCAAUAUUAUACAGGUUCCCAUUUUUUUCUAAACGCCCAAAAUGCAGACAAUCUAUAGACCAUAGAGAACGUAUUUCCUUUCAUACAGUGCUUCUCAACUGUUUAGCCAUCUGGGAACUAUAGUUGCUCUGCCAGGGAACUCUUACACCCAUUUAUGCCAUGUGUAGGCACUAGUGUUGGGCGCGAAUAUUCGAAUAGUGAAUAUUAAUUGCGAAUAUCGGCACUUCAAGAAUUUGCGAAUAUUUAGAAUUCGUAUUUUCGAAUAUUCAAGAUUUAUUUUUCAUCAGUAAC